AAAGUGCGUACCGGUGACUGGUGCCAAUCUCCCUCUGUCUGGGAUGACCGCAUCGUAAACUGCCGGUCCUUGUAAAGCGGCCCAAGCAAGUUCAUUCCACCGCUUCUCUGCCGCCUUGAUCUUCCCGUUACAAUUUCACACGCUAUGUUGGAGGCGAGGAUAGCUACUAUUUUGGCGGUGUUGGCCUACGCCCUCGUUGCCGACGCACAGGCAACAUGGCAAGCCAACCAGGUCAACACCACUAUGUGCUAUUGGGAACAGCUGCGAGCGGCGGUCGUUCGAGACACUGUAUAUCUCGACGGCGGGUAUCUCUGGUGGCUCCCAGGUCUGUCGGAUGGCUCGUACGGAUCCAUCACCUCUGACUACAAUCCCCUGGGCAUAGUCUACACGCUCAACUUUAGUGUCCCAUUCAACUUCACCCAGAACAUAACCGCCAUCCUUGGGACAAUGUCCAAAGCCCCAAAUGGGGGAGCGGCGAACAACCUUGCGCCGAACUACUUUGAUGGCGCCAUGCUGGCUAACGACGGGGAAUGGUUCCUCUAUGGUGGUAUGCUGAGACAGACGGCCGCAUUCUCGCCGCCGCACUUGGACGAUGUCACUUCCUAUCAAGCAUAUCAGUACGGUGUGCAGAAGGAUGGCUUUCAUCCCGGGUUUGUGGGCGACCGCUUACCCUCUGGGAUGACUCGGUAUCUUGCAUACGGAGGAGCAGCGAGUGCACCUUCGGAGAAUAAGGCUUGGUACUUCUCCGGGAUGCACUCCCCAAGCUGGGGCGAGAUUUAUACUCCCAGUCUCAACGAAUCCCAGACGGCGAUCAACGUGUCCAGCACUCUCAUAACCUUGGACAUGGCUAUCCAGCAGAAGGAGAGCUGGCACAACGAGACCUUGCCGCCGACCGUUCAUGGACGCGCGAAUCCAGAGCUCGUCUGGGUCCCAGUUGGCUCACAAGGCAUUCUCGUUGCAUUGGGCGGCGUCGUCUAUCCCGAGUUCGUCUCGAGCGCCCACCAGUCCAGCAAUGAGGCCGCGAGCGAGAAGGAGAGUCCCAGCUUCAUGUCGGCCAUUGACAUCUAUGAUGUUGCAUCGGAUACCUGGUAUCAGCAGCCUACUAGCGACGGCCCGGGAGCGCUUACGCGUGGAUGUGCUGUCGUUGCGACAGCCCAGGAUUCCUCCAGUUUCAAUAUAUAUUACUACGGUGGCUACGACGGGUUGCAUGUGACCGAGGACUUCAAUGACGAUGUCUGGAUCCUCUCACUUCCCUCCUUCACUUGGACGAAGGUGGCAGCAGGCAAGGCUGGUCACGGUCGGGCCGGGCACAAGUGUUUCGUGCCCUAUCCAGACCAGAUGAUGAUCAUUGGAGGCUCCGCAGCCUUGAAAGCUCCGACGUGCGUCCAGGAUGGCAUCAUUCAAAUGUUCAAUCUCACAUCCGGAGAGUGGAUGACUGGCUACGACCCAGCCAAAUGGAGCAAAUAUGGUGUCCCGGAGGUUGUAUAUCAGAAGAUUGGCGGAAGCGCAACUGGAGGAGCCAAGAAGUCGGCUCCUUCGCCGGCGGGUUGGGCAUCGCCACAGCUGUCCAAGGUAUUCGACACCCCCUAUCCGGCGGCGAAGAUUACAACGUAUUAUCCCUACGCUCCAGCGAGUUCCAACAACGCGACAAACCCAGAGUAUCAGCCCAUCAAGUCGGGAUCGAGCAUCCCCUCAUACCUUCCUCCGCUACUGGGAACGAUAUUGGGCGUCAUGUUUCUCGCGCUCGUCGGUCUCGCCAUCUUGAUUUGGCGAAGACGAAGGCUCUUCAAACUCCGCGGCACAAGCGAAAGCGGCACGGAGGAUAGCCGAGGAAACCGGAUCAUAUCUUGGAUACGGGGUCAGCCCAUGGAGGCCAAGGCUCCCACUGUGACCACAGAGGACGGGCCGGUGAGCCCAGACACGGAGAGUCCUUCCGACGCUCAGUUAUCUCCCUCACAGGCGACACAGGUGACUCACCACGAGAUGGCAGACACACAUAUCGCAGAGCUCAUGGACACCUCACCCCGCGCCGAGCUCCAAGACACGGGCCUAACCCCCGUCGAGAUUAUAAACAAGCACUCCCACUUCGCCCCACGCAGCACCCUCCUCCACUCCUCCUCCCCAGACAACCCCCACCAUCACCCCAGCAGCAGCAGCAUCUCCGCGACAGACCGCUCCAGCACCUUCUCGGGCGCCGGGCCCUCGCCGUCCUCGAUCCGGCCCGACUCACCGCCCCUCGGCCCCGGACUGCCGGCCCCGCCCUCGCGCCACGCCGUCGCGUCCGGCGUCUCGGAGCUCAGCGAGCGCGAUCGCGCGCACCUCAGGCAGGUCAGCGACGCGACGGUCAGCUCGGCGGGCGGCGGGUCGCCGGCGGGUAGCGGCGGCGGCGGCGGCGGAGCCGGGACGGGCGCCGGUCGUGCGGCGGGGUCGGGGGUUCCGCCGAGGAGGAGUAUAUUCUUUGAGAAUGAGGAGGACCUUGGAGGGAGGGAGGGGUGAUUUGCGAGGCUUGUGUGUAGGGGCGGGGGGGCGUGUUGUAGAUGCCCCUGUGAGGAUGGGGAAAGGGAGAAAGGGGCACGUUGUUGUAUCUCGAGUAUUUAUAUCGGCGGUCUUGGAGUUUCUGGGCAGUAGUUCUGGGGGAUGUGGGGGCCGUGCUGAUGAGAAGGGAGGGGAUUGAGUAGUUGUCGGCAUAUAAUACGGGCGGCGGCGUUCGGGGUUGAUACGUUAUGGGCUGGGUUCCCAUGGACACACAGGGGUAAUCAAGGAGACUGGCUCGGACGGUCUUAUUUGGUAACUGAAGUAAUUGUCUAGUUCUCGAGCAGCAUGGGCAAUCAUAAAAUAUCGCCGGAUGGCGAAUCUACUCGCUACCUGUUGAUGCAUAGAGACACGUGAAUAAAAGAGAAUAGAGUAAGUGGAAAGGGGGCAAUGGGACGACGAGUUAAUGAGUUCCUGUAGUGGCCAACAUAGGCUCAACUAUGUGACGCCCC